AUGCUGAGGUGGCUGUUAAUAUUGCCAUCAUUGCUGUGCCACAACUUCAGAAGUCCAAAGGCACUGCAGAGGAUGGAGAUUGGGAACCACACUGUGAAGACUGUUUUUUUCCUCUUGGGAUUUAGUGACCAUCCAGAACUUUGGAGGAUUCUUUUUGCUGUGUUUCUUUUUAUCUACUCUGUUACUCUCAUGGGGAAUUUGGGGAUGAUGUUAUUAAUCACAACUAGUUCCCACUUGCACACUCCGAUGUACUUUUUCCUCUGUGUAUUGUCAUUUGUAGAUGCAUGCUACUCUUCCGUAAUUGCCCCCAAAUUACUUGCGGACUUGGUUUCUGAUAAAAAAACCAUUUCUUAUAAGGGCUGUGCUGCACAAUUAUAUUUUUUCUGCUCUUUGGUUGACACAGAAUCUUUCCUCUUGGCUGUCAUGGCUUAUGACCGGUACAUAGCAAUCUGCAACCCACUGCUUUAUACAGUUAUUAUGUCCCAGAAGAUUUGCUGCCAGCUUGCCCUUGGAGCAUUUUUGGGAGGUACCAUGAGCUCAAUUAUUCACACUACUAAUACCUUUCAUCUGUCUUUCUGCUCCAAAGAAAUUAACCAUUUCUUCUGUGAUAUCUCCCCACUCUUCUCUCUGUCCUGCACUGAUACCUACAUGCAUGACAUUAUUCUGGUAGUCUUCGCUGGUUUGGUGGAGGCUAUCUGUCUUCUAGCAGUCCUUCUCUCUUAUGUCUGCAUCAUAGCAGCUAUUCUUAAAACAGGUUCUGCUGAAGGAAGAAGAAAAGGGUUUUCCACUUGUGCCUCCCAUCUGACCAUAGUCACGAUCUACCAUGGCACUCUCAUUUUUAUUUAUUUGCGCCCCAGCACUGGUCAUUCACUGGAUAUUGACAAAGUGACCUCUGUGUUCUACACAUUGAUUAUACCUAUGUUGAAUCCCCUAAUUUACAGUCUAAGGAACAAAGAUGUCAAAAAAGCCUUAAGGAAAAUGAUCAGCCGAAAAUUGUUUUCUUAA